CUGCUACUUGGUGCUGGGGGAGGGAUGUAAAAAAAAUAAUAGGAAAAAAAUCCAUAAUUUUCAGCACUUUACCAUCGGUCUUAUUAUGAAAAUAUAUAGCACAGAAGAAGAGUAAAUACACUAUUUCCAUCUAGUCUAGUACACCAGAACAGAAAAUGGCGGACACAAUUAGAAUUGAGGGGCUUCACGAAGCGGCGUUGAAAGAAUCCAAAUCCAAGCCCCAACGUCGAGGAAUAAUCAGUGAAAUCCUGAAUUUCGUCGCCAAAUUCGCGUUCGAUUCCACCGUCGACUCUUUUCUCAAAAUAUCAAAUGGUAUAAAGCAUAUGAGUAAGGUUGAGCAAGAAGAGCUAAAAGUAGAGCCAUUUCCAUUGCUUCCUUAUAAUGACAAGAACAAGGCACGAGAUUUUAAGUUAGUGAUGGAGAAAAUAGGGCAAGAUGACAUGAACAAUAUAAAGCAACAGCAUAAUAUAUCAGCUGCAAACAACGUGGGGGAAUCAGAAGCUUUGAAGAAAUCAGGUUAUGAAAACUUGUUACCAAAGAUGGAGAAGAUGCAAGAAGACAUGAACUACGUAAAGCAACAACAUAAGGUAUCGACAAAAAGCGUAGAGGAAUUAGAAUCUUCCAAGAAAAAACCAGAGGAAGACAUGAAAGUGUACGAUCUUCUUGAAAAGAAUAGGAAGAGGGUUUUUAUUCGUUCCAGGUUAUGAAAUGGGAUUGAUUACAUUAACCAGAGCUACUAAUAUCAUUACCACAAAGACUUGAGGUAAUGCCAACUAGUGUUGGGAAAUAAACGAGUAUUGUUUAGGCUUAGUAGAGUUACUGCUAAAGCUGAUAAAUGUUUACGUAUAAAUAUAUAUGGUCUUUUUCUGUA